CACGAGAUUUUGCUGAAGUCUUCUUUCUUGUUUCCUUUCCUGAUUUUCCUGUCCCUGUCUGUUCAUAUGCACUUUACAUUCCUGUGUGCUUUAUUUUCUCCUCAUUUCCAUUCCCCACCCAUCCUCUUUUUGGUCUUCCUUUUCUUUCCUAGGUUCUCCUCUAUCCCUGAAAUCGAGCAAGGCUUCAGGGGACGUGCAGGACUCUAACAACCCCUCGUCCCAUCUGCUUACCCAGAAAUGGAGACACCUGCCCCGCUUCCUUAUCCUGUCCUAGCACUAAUCCAGCGCGAUCCAGCCACCUGGAAGCAGCCUGCAGGAGCUGUGGCUGGCAAGCGAUUCUCUUAGGAAGACCGGGGCAGUCUAGCCUAAACCAGCCUAGUCAGCUCACUGCUUUGGUCGACUCAAGGCAGAGGCGACGGAAUGGAUGAUGACGAUGACGUGAAACAGGAAGCACGCGAGGCGUAGAACGACGUCGAUCUCUGUUUCGAGCAUGAUUGAGAAAUAAGUUCAAGCAAACAAACUCCCCUCUGCCGGAAUAGCCGACUUUCUGUGGCUUGCCUCUGAAGAAGAAGCGCAGCCGCGGCCCAGCAAAGCACACAGCUGUAUCGCCAACACCCAUCUUUCUCAGAUUAGCAUUCAAUUCUAGCACCGUCGCCACAUCGCUCCAACCCCGACUCGACCUGUCUUGCUUUUACUUCCGAGGCUCGGGCGCGCCGAUCUCUCGUGCAUUCCAUGGACAGCCCUGCCGACGUGCUGGAAUCACCGACCGCCGGUCUCCAUCUUGGUUUCGUCCAGUGCAGCAGUCCAGCGGCGUGGUCGCAUCUUUGCUGCAGCCACAGACGAACAAAACAGGGAAUAGCGCCGCCUAGCCAGCGCCAGUCGACGAGUGGUUGACCAAAGCAUCGCAUCGCAUCGCGUUCGCAUCGGCCGAACUUUGGGCCAACCGAAAUUGCUCUGAUUGACCAGACUGGACCCCCCCUACCCCCACUAGCUGCUUGCGUGCUUUCCUUCGUUACCGUCGGGACGGGCGGGAGGAGAGAAUGGACUCCAACGGCGACCUGGGAAAGCUGCUCCCCAAGGCAAUCGCCGCCAAACGCAGGCGCAAGAAGAACCAGCAGCACAGCGAUGCCAGCGGCGACGAACAGGGCCCACGUGGACGAAGCCCAGCCAGCAGCCACCACACGCUCGACAGUGAUGCCGCCAACAGCCGAUCUUUCUCGAUUGCUGAGGAGACCGAGGCGAUGGCGGCCAGUCAAUCGACCCCGAUCGCCGAUCCAGAUUGGGAAUCGUAAGUCCGCCUCUAUUUCGCGUGCAAAACCCUCCCUUCGGUCGUCGUUCCGUGAAUCCCCUUACCCCUCUCGCUUGGCAUUAUAUCCCAUUCGAUUAUGUAUUUCUAUUUUGUCUACUCUAUUUUCCCCUGCACAGCCGAGCCCGCCGUCAGCACACAUCGCUCCGGCUGCCAAUUUCGCCCUCCCAGAAACACGGAGCCAGACCAAUCCCGCCUCUGGAGCUGAGUGCCGGCGUGCUUGUCUGCCCCCCUAACAUGUGGCCGUCAGAGCUUUACCCUUGCCAUCAGACGCCGGGCUUUGGUUGGCUGGAAACCCCACUGGCCCGUUAGCAAGCGUGGGCUGCAGGGGACGGGCUGAUGCCGAGCUACUGUCGCUCAAGUGUCAGCCUGGCGAAGUUAAAUCCCACAAAAGCGAGCUCAGCACACCGCGGCCGCUUCCUCUUGUGCCACCACCACUCUGGCUGGCUCGGCUACUUCCUCCCUCCCGCUGCCCUCCCACGCGCUCGCAAAGUCGUCGACAAUUGCUGCUGUCGCGGCGUUCACAUCUUUGUUCAUGUAGUCUCCCGUCAGAGUUGAAGGAGUGUCUUUCGGACACGCCGUGAAACAAGCAUCCUUCCUCGCCCCUAGCCCGGCCCUUAUUACUACGCGAGACCCGCACUGCAACCUCGCCUAGGAUCUGUCCGGUCUGGCGAUCGCACUCAGAUACAACCGCUUUCCGAGCUGUCGAUUGCUGUUGCCUUCUCCUUCUCUUCUAACAACUCUCGUGCUGCAGCAGCUCAGCCCGCCCUGGCGCUGUCUCGACGCAUCCCUCCCAGAUCGGAUACCUGACGACCUCCUCGCCCAUCGUGCAGGAGGAACACCUCAAGAACAGCCCCAGCCCCAGCCAGUCGCAGACGGACCUUCUGUCCCGAUCUGUGACCAUCCCCGCCUCCAGAACGGAUUCCAUAGACUCCGCCUCGUCUUCCUUUAGCCGCAGCAAAACCGGCCUCGCGGCUCCGCAAGACAAGAGCGAACACAGACGCUCCGCAUCGCCUGCCUCUCGCUUUCGGGAGGUGUUCCGGCCCAGCGGGGGCCCGAGUGGCACGGGGAGCCCUAGCCCGGAGCGGAGACCCGGUUCCUCCGCCGCCGCUCCUAAACGACCCGAACCCCCCAGACCAAGCGCGGCUGAGCCGACAGCUGUAUCCACCGACACUCCCCAAAGCGCUCAGAGCGCCAAGAGCAGCUCCGCCGAGCGGUUCAGGCGACUCUCCAGGGGCCAGACGAUAGACACGACCAAGCGGCCAGAGACGCCACCGAGCAACGAGAAGAGCGCACCUGUCAUUGUCAAUACUCCGCCCACGCCGACCGACCACAACAACCCGGUUGGCAGCCUCGGCAAGAGGCCGGCAAGUGUGGGCGCGGACGCCCCGGGUACCGCGUUACCCGCAAAACCGAGAGACCCGCCGCCCGUCUUUGGGAAUAUGAACGCUCAGAGACGCGUUAGAUCAGGAUCAGGUAGUGCUGGACCAAGCAAGCUUUCCAACAUCACUUUGGCUCCCCUCAGCCCAACGCCAGAGAGUGGCCCCAACGCAGCGUCUGCAGCCACUUUCUUCUCGUCUAUGUUCUCUGCCGCACAGAACGCGGCCAACACUCUUAGCAACAGCAUCGCAAACACCAAUCUCGCACCUGCGAAUAACGCCGCCCGUGCUAGAGGCCUGUCCGAGGGUGCACAGACCGGUACCAGCAACCGUCCCAGAGUUGAAGUAGAGCCCUUCCCUGGCUCUUCCGACCAAGGCAUGGAUAAUAAGGAGCCUGCGGUGAGGACCCUUGGCAAGGGUGACCUCAGUCUUAGCCAGCUCGGCAUAGCCGAACCCUCCAGUAACAACAACACGCCGCUAGCUGCCAAAUUCCCGAACUCGACCGACUCUCGAGGACGGUCCGAGUCCGCCCCCGCCGAGUCCCAACCCCAGUCAUCUGGUGUCAGUGCCGAAUACCAAUACGACGAACCCCAGCAAUCCGCGGCAAGCCGGUCCCAGUAUGACCUCAUCGGCGGUGCCGAGCGCACGACGCCCGCGGGAAGUGUAUACGAUGAUUCGGGCAUCAAUCGCAGUGGCAGUGUCGGGAGCGGUGCUGGGAAGAACCACCGAAAACGCGGCAGCUCUACAGCAACUGGCGGCACCUCGGGGACCAGUGCCACCAUCGCUGCGGCUAUCGCAGCCGCAAACGCUUCGGUGGCCCACCCCAGCGCUAUGCAGAGCACAACCAAGCUUACUGGGUUUGCGGUUGCAAGCAAGAAGCGGAAUCGAGAUUUCCACACGCUUUUCAAGACUGUCCCGGAUGACGACUACCUUAUCGAAGACUACAGCUGUGCUUUGCAACGGGAGAUUCUCGCCCACGGAAGGCUAUAUGUGUCAGAAGGUCACUUGUGCUUCAGCAGCAACAUCCUCGGCUGGACUACAACGCUUGUUAUGAGUUUCGACGAGAUCGUGGCUGUUGAAAAGAGGAGCACUGCCUUGGUUUUCAAAAACGGACUUAUGAUCUCAACUCUACAUGCGAAGCACGUCUUUGCCAGCUUCACAAGUCGUGACUCCACAUACGACCUGAUCGUCAAGAUUUGGAAGUUGGGACACCCUUCGUUGCAGAGUUCGCUGAAUGGAGUGAAUAUCGACGAGAUGGGUGGCGACAAGACGGAGAAAAUCGCUGCAGAGGAGGGAGCUGGUGGCGAUGGUGGCGCAGGCUCCAUCGCAAGUCGGAGUCUUUCCGGAUCCGAGGACGAAUCCGAGGACGAUGAGGAUGAUGUUUACGACGAAGACGAGGAGGAGGAGGCUGACGGUCCAGACACGGCCCUACUUCCCGAAUCUCGCGCGGCGGAAACUGAGGCGGACAAGGCUAUUAGUCGCCGGCCGUCGGGCGCUGUUAAUGGCAACGGCCCAUCGGCGGAGAAGCCUAAGGAAGCUUCGGCUGCUGGUGGAGGCGCAGCAGGCGGCGACGACUUCCCCGGGCCGGCCACACAUGCGUCAACUGAAUGCGGCGAUGCCGACACGCACUUUGACAAGUUCCUGGCAGACGACAUCGUACCUGCGCCACUGGGCAAGGUCUUCAACAUGACCUUCGGUCCUGCAUCGGUCACGUGGAUGACAAAGUGGCUGACGGGGGAGCAGAAGUGUUUUGAGUUUCAGAUGGAGGACCAGAAGGGCCUCGGGGCUGACAACACGACGCGAACCUAUUCGUACAUCAAACCACUGUAUGCGUCAUUGGGACCCAAGCAGACCAAGUGCAUUGUGUCUGAACAUGUAGACGCCAUCGACCUGGAAAAGGCCGUCAACAUCACAUGCACUACUCAGACACCCGACGUUCCUAGCGGGAACGUCUUUAACGUCAAAACCAGAUACUGUCUCACGUGGGGCGAGAACAAUACGACCCGUGUGCAGGUAAACUGCACCACGGAGUGGACCGGCAAGAGUUGGCUCAAAGGCCCCAUCGAGAAGGGAGUCAUCGAUGGCCAAACGCAAUAUUGCAAGGACCUCUUCGCCGCUCUCAAAGCCGCAGUGUCGUCCCGCUCCCGUGCAGGCACCAAUGGUGCGGCCGGCAAGGGUAAGAAGAAGGGCCGCAAGGGCAAGGCAGCUGCCGCUUCCAGCCCGGCCAGCGAUGUCGAGGGCAGGUCGUCCAAGGCUGCCGCCAAUCAGGACUGGGGUAUGCUGGAGCCUAUACAUGGCAUCGUCGGCCCGGUGGUGGACAUAGUGAAGCCGCUCAUGACUGGCAAUGUCGUAUACGGUCUCCUCGUCGGGCUUCUGGUGGUCACCUGGUUUGGUGGCUUCAAUGGCAGCAGUGGGCCGUCGUCACGACACUACGGUGCCGACCUUGGCUACCUUGGCUAUCCCGACCGCGUCGCGGCGUAUGAGGAGAUGUGGCGCCGCGAGGAGAGCGAGCUCUGGGAGUGGCUCGAAGAGCGGGUGGGCAUGGAGCGGCUGGGUGGUGAAGGUGGUGUGGCGCGCAGCGCGCCUCCGCCGCAGAAGAGGUCGGCGUCUGCCCCCGCGGAAUCAUCUCGAGGCGUGGAGGAGAAGCUUCGGGCAGCCAGGUCAGACGACCGCGAGAUCAGGGAGGCUAUCAAGGUGACGGAGGAGAAGCUCAAGGCGCUCAAGGCCACCAUGGAAAAACGGAACGGUGGCAGCGGAGGGCAGAGCCAAUAAGUCAAGCCCCCUCGCCACACAUGGAGGAAGCAAGUGCCCGCUUGCCUCAUCACUGGGAGAAAAAAAAGUCGCGAGUUACUGUGAUAUCUUUCUUUGCCUGCCUGCCUUCAGCUCCUUGAAGGAUUUCAUUGCCUUUGUUUCCUGUACCACAAUCAUCAGCAGCAGUUUCAUUAUUUUCUGGAAACUCAUCACGCUCACGCAGCUUAGCAAGCCAAAUUCAUUUUAAUCUUUUCUGCCGUUGCAUGCUGAUCGACACCAGUCCCUUCUAUUCUUUUCUUUGUUCCCGUUCUUAUCCCUAUUCCUG